AUGCGGCAGCUUUGGCUCCCCACCUUCAACAAUGAAACCGAUUAUCCAUGGGCGACCGAUUUUAUCACGGUGCUGCGUCACGUCUUCGGCCCUGGCUACAAUUUGGAGGUGGUCGACAAGCCGACGAUCAAAUCGAUGGUUGAUGAAACGAAAAAAAACACCAUUUGCUUCAAGAGAGUGGUAAUGGAGGAUAGGCGAUGCGACGUAGACUCUCCUCGAUCGCUCGCAUUACAAUGGCGAUGGCGGCUCCAUCAGCGGCUGGGUCCCUGCCGACCUGCUUCGCGCAGCGUUCUAUAA